UAUAUAUAAAAAUAAAUACGUGUAUAUACUACUUCAGCUGUCAACAUUUGAUUAGUACAUAUAUCAAAUAUUCGCUUGGAGUAGACUUCUAUAUGAGACUUCCUCGAGACUGCCUUGAUCUUCAUCUGUGUUUCUUCAACUGUAUCAAACAUGAGUGGAAGAGGCCUAUUUGCGGCAAUACGGACGCUCACCCUUGCAGGCGGGGGUGCGCUCGGGCUCACGUAUUGGUCCCGCCACAAUUAUGACAUGGUGCUGAGAAAGAAAGAGUUUGAUACAAAAGCGCAUAAAGACACUACGAAACCUGGAAUUAAGAUCGAGCGACAGGUUGAACCGAAAACUCGUGUCUGGUUUAGAUCCUCAGAAGGGCAUGUAGAAAGCUCAAUAUUACCAAAAUCUGCAGCAACAUCUCUGAUGCGAGAAAGAUUAAGACAUCUAGAGAACAGGCGGGCGGAGAUCAGAUCAUCUACCGCGGCCGACGUGAAGAAGAAUGUCAAUGGUGUUUUUGAAAACAUCGAAGAUAGAAUAGGCAAAUUUGCUGACUGGUACUUCUCGUACCCCACCACGUACAAGCUCCUGAGUACGGCGUCGGCUUCUGUGGCCCGAAAUAUAUUCCGCAGCCAGCCCGAAGGCUAUACAAUGGGAGACGCAGUAGCACUAGACGUUGUAAAAUAUAUACAGAAGAAGUACGAACUUAUCGUUCUGCGACCUGAACUUAAUGAUAGGAAGCUCGAGCGAGCCUUCCUAGCAUCCUUUCAGCACAUGCAACGAGAGUACCAUCGAAUACUUGACGAAGAAGAUGAUGCGUUUCGAAAUUCUGUUGAGAGUGAAACUACACACACCGAACCACUAGCUAUGGAAAAUAUCACUAUGGACGUGGAUUGGGCAUCACAGCUCAAUAAAAUCAACAGCGUAGUAGCCGGGCACGAGAAGGGGCCUGAAGGUGCUGGCGUAGGGGCGGCGCUGAUGGUGGGUGGGGCGGCUGUUGGGAAAGCGGGAGGUCUGGCCGGCCUCAAGGGCGCUAGUAUAGGCCUAGGCAAAGCGGGCACAGGGGCGGCGACAAAAGGGUUUCUAGGGAAACUCGCAGCACCGUUUGCGACCAAAGCAGUGUCCGCUGGAUCGGUCGCAGGAGGCACUGCAGCGGCCGGGUUGCUCGCUGGUCCCCUGGGUGCGGUAGCAGGCGCCGUGAUGGGACUAGGAGCUGAUUACUCUAUCAAUGCAGGGGUAGAACUUCUUCAGCGAGAAAGUUUUGAGCAGGAAAUGAGAGAAGGGCUCAGAGAGACGCGCGACACGUGGGAGGAGCUAUUCAAUGAGGAACUUCAGCGUGUGCUUGAUGUCUGGAUGAGUGAUACAGUGCUGCUCAUGUCGAUGCAUCUGGACGGCGGUCUAGCCACCGAGGGCGCCGAAGUGGCACUCGAACAAAUCGUUGGGGUUGAGUGAGACGUUUAGUUGGAAAUUAUACCACUAAGCACUCAGAUUCAAGUUCGAUGUGUUUGUCUUAGCGACAGGCUUGAAUACUGCAUUUGAGAAGUGGAUAAGAAGAAGCCACCUUGUGCUCCUAAUUGGUAAUACGAGCGCGGACUACAAAUGUUUGUAGACCUCCUGCUAACACGGUCGGUUAGUAGAAACAAAAAAUCCACGAGACAAUAUCCAAUUCUCACCUUGUCGCUUGCUUGUAGAAGGCGAUGUAUGGUGAAAUUACGCGGUUCGCGCGGUUCGCGAAUGUACGAGGCUACGACUAUUCGGUAAGUGUAGCAACGAAUCCUGUCUCGGUGUCAAGAGACGCAAUUUGUAUUGGACAUACACGCGCGGUCUCAAUUGAUGACGACGACACCCGGCCAGAGUCAUAAAAUCGUUGAGGAAUUGACUAUGGGCAAAACGAUCAGUCCUGGACCUCCACCUCGUUCUAUACUUUGGAGAUUGUGACUCGUGGAAUGCAAUUACUCCAAUGAAGUAUUGCAUAUUAGAUUGAAUUAGAUUGCCGCAAUACGCAGGUCGGACUUGUUCUACAUCGAACCGUCACGAUGUACAUGACUAGACUGGUAUCGGGGUUGACUUAGGAUCAUACUAGUGGCAUUGGCAGUGAUACUUGAGCCUAAGCUCUGAAACAAAUCGGCCGGUCAGUGAAGACCGAAUUAUUUUUUUUGAGUACGCGGGCGGGUCUAAAGUGCAAGUUUUAUUUCACAAGUUGUAGUGUGCUGUACAAGGUCCAAUGAAUAAAAACGCGCUGACGUCUGGACAAGCUACGCGUCCGAUGGCGCUGUGGCCAAGGUUGGACUGAACGCGCUCAGCUGUUCAAUUACAUGGAAGACGUCGUCGGCUACCUCCUCCACUGUAGGUGUCACAGCACAAUCCGAGCUCACACAACUACCCUCUGUUGUCUUACACGCACUGCGUGUCUGUUGCUCUGUCUGUGGGUUCACGUCACGACACACACACUCGCUGGACUUCUUGGACAUGGUCUGGAUCAUGUACUCGGCUACCGCACUACCCGACAUCGAGCUAUCGUCGCCGCACUGUUUCAGCGCCUUCAUUAGAUCGAUCGGCUCAGCCUGCGGGCCUUCGACCGUAUUUGUCGUGCUCCUCCCUUCUGCUCCAGAGGCGGCUAUUGAGUGUGCGCUGUGCAGCGAGUGCGUGCUUGUUGUUCGUGGUCGUGGUGCGGCUAUAGGCGCAGCGUCGCUCACACCUAUAUCUGCCACUGUGACUGCACUGGGAGGUGCCUGAGGUUGUGCUACAGUAGGUGACACGGUAGUGUUUGCGCUCGACUUAGUCUCUGAUUCUAUCGAGUUCUCAUCUUUGUGCUCUAUUGCAACUGUAGUACUAUCCAUAUCCGGCAGCGUUGUAGUGCACUCAUUUUCAACAUUCGCUGGGUCGGACGUCUCCAGUGGACUCUCACGAUCAUCUAUCGCACUGAUUGUAGUCUCGCAUAUCUCCACCUCUCCCUCGUCUUUCCUUGCGGAAUGCAGCUCCUGUCUAUUUUCGUUUGCUGCGUCGACUGUCAAGUCGUCUCCACUUGACGUACCAUGGUAGUCUACUUGUUCUUCAGUACCAGGCUGUUGUGUAUUUGUCGCAGAUGGCACUCGUGUGUCGCUUGCGCCCAUCCCGGUAUCUACCUCGGCCCCCAUCCACACACUUAUCACAUCACUACUCGAAGAGAUCUCAUCUACAGUAUCACUUCCUUGAGCCACGACGAUGCUGGUGCUCGGCGGCUUACGGGGUACCGUUUUGGGUCUGGGUGGACCAGCUGUGGGUCUGGGUGGAGCUGCGGCGAAGUAGGUCUCGGGGAUGUCUGCUGGACUGGCACAUGUCAUUGUACCAACAGCUGGUACCACAUGUUGUGCCACAUCAGCCUGGGGCAAACGAUCCUGAGGCACAUCAACAGUCGUAGAUUCAUUGAGCUCUGUGGCACUAGUUGCCUUGUCAUUCUGCUCGUCGUCUGUGAUGGUCUCGGCGAUUGCGUACCAGCCAGUGGUGUCUAUUUCCACUGGGAGGCCUUCCUUAAUCCGCUGAGCAUUGACAGCCGCAGAGUCGUAUGCACUCAGCGACGCAAUGAAGAGGCUCUCCAAGCUUUCAGCCUUGAUAGCGCGAUACCCAGAUCCUAGGGAUAGCUGCGAUGAGAAUAGGUUCGUAUCGGUAUCUUCCAUGGCGGUGUCGGAUUUGUUUGAGCUUGAUUCGAUGCACUGCAUGCUAUUGAGCCGUUUGGCUGCGUGAAUAAGACAGUAUUUUAUCCAUGUGAGUGAAAUGGAUCAAAAUAUAAAUAACUACUUUGUUUAAACUGGAUACGAUUGACUGCAUUCGAUUAGGUCGUUUAGCUGAGAUAAAGUGAGUGAUGUCCAUAUGGGUGGGCUAAACCAACAGUAUGUUUCAGCGUCGAUUGCCCUGGAAAGGAUAGACUGUAUACAAUUGAGCUUCCAGCUGUGAAAAUAUGAAGUGGCAGACAAGAAAAAAAGAAGCGAUACAAAAGUUUUGGCUUUUUGUAAAACUGUAUUCAAUGCACUCUGCUUGCCAUUAAGCUGUCCAGCCGGAAGUAUGAUUCAGUGGUGCUCGUUUAAAUAAAAUAAGAUCACAGUAGGACGUCCCACUGGCAUAUAUAUUAAAAUACUUCGAAG